CCAGUAGCGCUGCAGUUACAAGGCACUUUCAUUACCAAAGUUGUAUCGAGCACAAAGACUUCAAAGAAGCUGCAAGAGAAGCUCUCACAGAGCGGUGAGUUCACAGGAUGGUGCUUUGAACUUCCUUUAUGUCUUCAACAGGAAAGAAGUGUCAGUUGGACAGAAGAAGUCAUAUGCAGGAGCUGUAGAGGAAAAUACAACAAAAACUGUACUCUGUGAUAUCAACCAUUGUUUGGUGUGA